AUGGCGUCCACUAUUCACCCAUUCCAGCUCUCCAUCCCCCAAUCCGCUCUCGACGACUUGCAAACGCGUCUUCGUCUAACCCGCUGGCCGGACAAGGAGACAGUCCCCGAUUCGUCUCAAGGUGUUCCGCUCGCGGCAAUUCAAGACCUCUGCACGUACUGGCAGACAGAGUACGAUUGGCGGCGAUGCGAGGCGCUGCUGAAUUCGUAUCCGCAGUUCACCACGACCAUCGAUGGGGUCGAGUUUUACUUUCUGCACAUUCGGUCAAAGCACGAGGAUGCUCUACCUCUUCUCAUCACCCAUGGCUGGCCUGGCUCAAUCUUGGAAUUCAGACAUGUGAUUCCCAAGCUUGUCGACCCGGAAUCUCACGGCGGCUCUCCUGCCGAUGCCUUUCACCUUGUCGUCCCAGCACUUCCCGGGUAUGCCUUUUCUGGAAAGCCGACGGAGACUGGAUGGGAUUAUCAACGCACCGGGCGUGCAUGGGCAGAGUUGAUGGAGCGUCUGGGCUAUGCAGACGGCGGAUGGGUGGCUCAAGGCGGCGAUUGGGGAGCUUAUGUAGCCGCAAGCCUGGGCCAUCACGCACCGAAGGGAUUGAAGAGCGUUCACUUCAACUCCAUCUUCUUCGAACCCAAGAAAGAAAUCCAGACGCCAAUUGACAACAGAAUGGGCGAGGAACGAGCCAUGUAUUUCGAAGGGCUACGUGAUAUCGGGCACCGCGGGUACUCCUUACAGCAGUCCACGAGACCGCAAACCCUCGGCUACGGCCUUGCAGACUCCCCGGUCGCACAAGCCGCCUGGAUGUACGAAAAGUACAGAGACUGGUCUCAUCACGACGGCAAGGUCGAAGCGGUGUUUAGCAAAGACGAGAUGCUCGACACCAUCAUGCUGUACUGGCUGUCCAAUUCCGGCACCUCGUCCGCUCGUUAUUAUUGGGAGCGCAAAAUCGCCUCGACCGCGUGGGCGAUAGACUUACCGGUUGGCGUGAGUUGGUUCGGCGGCGAUAAUUGCUAUGCACCGAAGGAAUGGUGCGAACGGUACUACAAGAAUAUCGUGCAUUGGAAUGAGACGGCUCGAGGUGGCCACUUUGCGGCGUGGGAGGUGCCGGACAUGUUUGUUGCAGAGUUACGCGAAUGGCGACGCAAAGUCAGGUGA